UCAAUAUUAUAGAAGGAAAACUACCGAUAGAAUUUUACCUGCUCUUUCGACGGGAGUAACGAAAUUUCAGCUAACUUCCGAAUUAAUAAAUAUUUUAAUAAUUAAAACUCAAAUUGGAAUCGUGUCUAUAUCUUUCUGCCAAAAAGGCCUUCCAGUCGUUGUCACAAGAGUAUCCAUGGUACCAUGGAUCGCUACAAAUUUAAAGAAUCCACCGGAGGGAGCAGUAAUGAAAAUUCGUAAUUGUGAUGAUGACGGAUAUAAAUUGAAGAUAGCAUGUCCAACGUAGCACAGUGCUUAUCGCUAUGAAUACUAUCGCUGGUCUCUUAGUCGCGUGUCUGGCGCUCACCGUUUACGGUUUGCCAGGUCCGCAAAUUACCGGUGGUACCGAUGCUCGGAAUGGCGCGUAUCCUUAUCAGGUGUCAUUGAGAACUAACGAUCUAGAUCCUUUUUCCCAUUUUUGUGGUGGGGCCAUCAUCAGUGAACAUUACGUUAUUACCAGUGCCCAAUGUAUCUAUCCGUACCUGAAGAAUCCUACUGGUGUUUAUGUUGCUUUUGGAAGCAUUUAUCUUGAUGGAAAUUUUGAAGCCAAUAUAUCAAUAUAUCACCCGAUGAAUUUGAUCGUACACGCUGGUUAUAACAACAAGCUACGUGUUCAUGACAUUGGUUUAAUCGAACUAUUCGAUCCCAUCGAAUUUAACGAAGAUGUUCAACCGAUUGCCUUGCCAACUGCAGAUCGCAAUUUCGAUGGUUAUCCUCUCUUAGCUACUGGCUGGGGACGUCUCCAGUGGGGCGGUCCAAUUCCUAAUCGCUUGCAAGAAAUUAUGUUGAAAGGCUAUCCCCAAGAGUUAUGCAGCAGGUACGAAUACAUCAAAGAGACCCACAUAUGUACCUACAUAAUGGAAGAUAAAGGAAUUUGUGACGGCGACGAGGGUGGUCCAGUUGUUGAUAACAAUGUUUUGGUUGGUGUGAUGUCGUUCAGUCAUGGGUCAUGCGGUACAGGUGCUCUUGAUGUAUCCACCAGAGUAUUUUCCUAUCGAGAGUGGAUUAGGUACUACACAGGACUCUAAUACUCUAUUAGAGUACACCCUACAUCUAUCGAAUGCUACUCUGAAAUUACUGAUGAUAUACUCUUUUAAAACGUGAAGACAAAAAUCAACGCCUAGGAACUUUUGUUCACCACAGUGUAUUGUUAAAUUUUAUGCAUUUGUUUACAUGAAUAUUUUAAAAUUUUCUUAAUGUAUAAAAAUUAUACGUUUGCCUAUUUGUAUAAGACUGGAUUAUCUCUAAUAAAAAAUUAACAAAACUGAUUGUAAGACUGUAAAGGUAAAAAUGAGAUACACAUAUAUAAUUAAUUGAAAAGUAGAUUAUGUAUGUAAUUUUAAUUUAUUAUAAAUAAUGAUAAAAAGAUAUAAAAUUAUUUCUAUCUCAGUACAAUUUUGAUUUUAACUGCAAGUUUAACUGCAACUUUGAUCUUAAUGUCUUUGCUAUCGUCAAAACUGCAUUAAUAAUUGAUGUAUAUAUUGACGUAUAGUUGAUGUAUAUUCUCAAAAUUAAACGAAUAUUAUUAUGUCUCCCUUGAUAUCCUAUUUUUGUCUGAAACAUUUAUGUACAAAAUCAGCAUUUAUGAAGGUAUCCUUAGAAAGCAAUUUUGUUUUUUAAUGACUCACCCUGUAUAAUCUGGAUGAGAACGUUAUCAUUUAAAAAGACUUAUCUCUCCUACGAAGAUACGCAGAGUACGUAUGUUUAAUGAAUCACAGUUACAAUAUAGUGCAUAACCACACGCAAUAGUUUUAAAAUUCAACGGAAAGUGAACAAAUACUGUUACCUGGUUACCAACCGAUUCUAUGUCAUUACCGUGAAUCAUUUGUAGAUAUAGUAAUUUAGAGGUACAUGUAUUAAAGAAAUUAUGUUACUCUCCACCUAUUUACUAUCGUUACGAAGAUGACGUGUUCAUGGCUGCUCGAAACGCGUUGAUUAGUGACAUCCUUUCUGAAUUUACAUAUCAUAACAGAUUAAAUUUUACAAUUGAACUUGAAUCAAAUAGAUCCAUUAGUUUCUUGGACUUGCAUUUAACAGCUUCAAAUUAAUUGGUUCCACAAAAAGACUUUCUCAGGCAGAUAUUUGUCGUAUUUUUCCAAUCACUCAAUGUGCCAUAAAAUAAGCACUGUCCUACCGAAAUGUUCGCACAUUGUAUAGAUGUUAAUUUGAAAUAUUAAACAUUAUUGUUUUGUCACCUUCAA